GAUACAUUUCUAUGGACUGACUAUUACAUUUAAACAUUAUAUCUGUAAUAAUUGAAUUUUAGGAGUCUAAUUGAAAGGAAUGAAUUGAAACCGUUCUGUGAAUAUGACACGCGCACUCGCACACAUCCGUAAUAAGAUCUCUUUAAUCUUCAUGAUUUAUUCGUCCCGAAAUUAAACUCGACCAAUGAGAAGUGCUAUAACUUGUUACGUCACUGCACCAGGAAGUAAACAACAAUGGCUGUACGCUGUGUGAAUAAGUUAAACUACUCGUUUUUAUGUACUUUUAUAGCCGUGUGUGUUUUGUUUGGAAAGUCGACCUGCUCUUUUACUUCACUUAAACCCGGACGUGGCGAAUUCAAACAUUCCCGAAGUUUUCGAAGUGUUUCAGAGUCUACAGCUCCUCCUCCAGGGGUCAGACUGCACCCCGGCGUCGUCGCGUCUGUCGUUAUCGUCGCACUUGCUGCAGUCGUGGCUGCAGUUUUUAUUAUUAGGAAAUAUUGCUUUCCGCAGAGUGAUGCCACAUACAGGUAUUCUGUGUUGAGGCAGAUGGAGGAGCAGAGACAGGAGGAAUCUGAUGAGGAGCUUUUGGAGUGAAACCAGGCAUGGGGUGUUUUAUUAUUUUUUAUUAUUAUUAUUAUUAUUAUUGAGAUUUUCUCCAUAAACGGUUUGUCCUUUUCAGCCGUGACUUCCUUCUGUCCUUAGUUUUAAUGCCAAAACUAUUAUAGACUUCAAAAGGUCAUAUGGUUCUGGUAAACUGUAAACUCUGUAGCUGUAAAUGGUGAGAUGAUUUAUUAAGUCUGUCGUCAGCAUCCAUUCUAAAGCAACCGUAACAUUAGAAUCUAUUACUAUUACUUUUAUUGUUAUUAUUAUGAUGAUGAUGAUGAUGAUGAUAUUACAUGAAACUAAAGCCCACUUUUUUGCUGUUACUUUAAGAAUUUGGGAUUGAGCAAACCGCAGAAACAAUUUAACUUGAACCUAAUGUUUUCUACAGGUGGAAAGUUCAGGAAUAAAAAAAUGUGUCACUGAUAAAUAGUCAAAAUGUAACUGUACAUCUUUAAAGAUCUCUAAUAUUUGAAUAGUUGAAUCAUGUUUAAAAUGAUCCCUGGCUGCAAAAGCUUUGAGAACUCCUGCUGCUCAGUAUAAUCACAAUAAUAAAUUGGCUUGAUCACAUUAUUAUUUUUUAUUAUUGUUUAUUACCUCAGAUUUUUAAGGAAGCUAAUGCUGAUGGUUUUUCUUUCUUUAUUUUUUUUUUCUGUGUUGUGUAUUUACUAUUAUUUUGCAUUGUUCUGUCUCUAUUCACAACCAAGAUUUAUGGACAUUGUCUUAUCAGGUGUCUUUAUUUUUUGGUUUUUGCACAAACUUGUUUUAGGUAAAGAUUUUGCAUUUUGUCACUUUUCCUAACUGUGUAAACAGGCUGCUGUAUGUCUUUGCUCCUCCAGUAUUCUUAUCCUUUAAUAUUAAUUGUUAAUUGAGAUCCUGUAUGGUUAGAUAACUUACAUAUGAUUCUUUCUGUAUUACUUUUGUCAUUGUGUUUGUUUUAUUAUGUUUUACUAAGAAUGUGAGUGUAGAUUUAAUGAUGCUAGAAUCGUAUUGACUAAUGUGCUAUUGCUAUAGAUUGUAUUAGAUUGUUUAUGUACAUCUGAAACACUGAAAACUUUUAUGACUUGAAUAUCAAAUGUAUAAACUCAGUAAUGGCUGAGAAUACUCAAGAUUAAAGUUAUUUGAAACCACAUUGUUUAUUUAAAUGUUUAGUUAAUCCAGUCUAAUUAAAUACAACUGCUGUAUUUAAUGAUGGUUGUUUAUAUACCGAGGCGGAACCGCCGGGAGCGUUGCCACCUCACAGCUCCAGGGUCCUGGAUACAAUUCUGUUUGUAGGGUUUUUUCACAUGCUGUUCCUGUGUUUCCAUAGGUUUCAUUUGGUUUCCUCCCACCUCCCAGAACAGUUUUAGCAGAUGGAUUGGCUGAGAUAUAUUACCCCUAGGUUUCAUUUAAUGUGUGUGAAUCAGAAUAGGGAUUUCCAGCCACUGCAUCCCUGGUCAGGAUAAAGCAGUUCCUUCAAGUGGGUGAGAAUGUUUGUAUAGUACAUAGAUUUAAAUAUUAAAUGAUACUAUAUGUGAAUGCAAUUUAAAUAACUAGACGAAUGACUACAAAUUUGGCAGUUGGAUCUCAUGGACAUGAAAAGACUCAAAACAAACAGUGGAGAAAAAGACCUGUUUGAGUUCAGGGUGUGUAACUUUUAUGGUAGCUCCUAGUCUUAUUGGUUUCUUAUACUCGGACUUGUUGAAACGGCUCCAUUCUGCAGGAAGCCCAGGUUUCCGAAAUAUGAUAUUUUUAAAGUAGUAUUGAAGAGACCCAAGAUGAAAUAUCAAGGGGUGCACAAAAUCGAAACUUCAUCAGACUGUGUUUCUCUAGGCUGCUGUCCACAUGACCACCAGUGCCCUGCAGACCACUUCCCCUUUUUUCUGCGCAGUGGGGCUGGCAAUAUUGUCGGGCCAAAGAUCUGCUUUAACAACCAGAUUAUCAUGUCAGGAGCACAAAACAAUGUUGGUUUGGGAGUGAACGUCGCAAUAGUGGCUGGUGAAACUGGGAACAUAUUGAAGAGUGAUUAUUUUAAGAUCCACUCUGAUGAAUUGCUUGACUUUCUAAAGACAGUAAAAGAAGGAAAUAUAGUUUUAGUAGCCUCAUAUGAAGACCCUGCAGCACAGUUGACAGAUGAAGUCAGAGAGCUGUUUGCUGGAAUGGGCAGCAGUAUGGUCCACUCUGUGAAGUACAGGGACAGCUGGGUGUUUGCAGGGGAAUGGAGACUAAAUUGGGAGAGUCCAUUUGAGAAGCUCAUCGUGAAUGAUAAGAAGACGAAUGCAUAUGGCGAUUGGCCAGAGAUGGUGGAGCUCAGUGGCUGCUUUCCCAGAAAGGUUUGAUCAGCACUAAAUGAGCCUGCUGCACCAGCCACCUGGAGACCAUUAAAGCACAAAACAUUACAACUGUGGGAUGUAAAUAAUGACAUUUUUAACGGUUAUAAAAUGUUCACAUAUGGAUGCCUGUAUGUAUGCUAUACAUUGGCCUUCAUUUAGUUCUUGAUUUGUAUCAGAAAUAAACCCAAACGAAAACACA